AUUGGAGAAACAGAAACCUAAAUUGUUGCACUUCAACUUGAAUGCUUCAAGAUGGAUGCAAUUUACAACCUGCUUGAAAAGCACAGACUAGAGAAGUUCUACAAUAAGUUUCGAGAGCUGGGUGUGAAAGAUGAAAGAGAUUUCAUUGAUAGUGUGACGGAUGAAGACUUAACCAAAUUCGGAUUUAGUCAGGUGGAAAGGAAUCGUUUCAUUGCCAUGAAAAAAGACAUUGGAAGAUUCAGAGCACCGGGACAGUCAGCUGCAGCACCAGUACAAAAAUCGGUACAGUCAUUCUCUCUGCUGUACACGUAUCCCAAGUGUGCAGAACCAAAAUGCAUCAAAGAUAUGGAUCCAGCACAAAACACAGUUGAAGAUCUGAUGUUGAGGAUUUGUCACCUUGAAAGCAUUGAUUCCUCCAGAGCGGUCUGCCUCUACACAGUGGAUGGGAUGCCUCUGACUGACGACCCCUUUUUCAACACAUGGUCUUUACAAGACAGACAUAUUAAGAGCGGGGAUACAAUCUAUGCCAUAUUCACACCAAAGGCGAACCUGAUGACAGCACCUCCGAAUACAGUUCGACAAAUACCUGAAACCUACGGAACGGACACAGUUCGCUGCCACGUCAUGCUCAAGGGAGACUUUGAGGUGACAGUGAAUUUGACAAGUUACACCAUAGCUAAUCUGAAGAACAAACUUGCAAAUGAAAGUGGAAUCCCUGCGCAUGUCCUUCAUUACAAAGGUGAGACCGGCAGUGGAAACACACUGGAAAGUUGUGGAAUCUCAGAGGGGUCAACGGUGUACUUCUCACUGUCCACAUUUGCUGAGGAGCCCCAGUCUGCCACUACAUUCUUCAUCGCCGAUGAUGUCGUUCCCUCAGUCCAACAAUCUCACAAAGGAAUCAGUGUCUUGCUGUCAUCUCUUUAUAUUAUUAAAUCCAAAUUUGCAGUAGAUGUACAAAAGAAUUUGAUCGGUUAUAUACGAAAGUUAACUGGAUGCAACCCCCUAGCCCAAAGUUUGUAUCAAUUACUCAUUAAGAAUGAAAACAUCUCCAGGAAUCAAAAGAUCGCAGUGGUUGAAGGCUUGUACAUGCUUUUCAGAGAGCUUUUGCCAAAUCUUGGAACAACACACAGUGACAAGAUCAUUGAGGAUCUUGAUGUCUUUGAGUAUUCAAUACACUGCUGGGCAUAUCUCCUGUCAGAAGCGAAGAAAGAGACAUCUGAACAUGAGGAUUACGCACCAUAUUGUCUGAUGAAUGAAGAAGGCAAACGUUUCUGCGAACCAGUCCUUGUACCUGGAAUACCCGGUGCCAUGGAAAGAGCAGUUGUACUGCAAAAAAUAAACGAUGGAGAGAAGAUUCCAAACUGCACUGAAGAGGUUUUGAGAGAAACUUCACUCAAGAGAGAUGACAACAUUGAGAAGAUUUUACUCAGUGUUCAACCGUCUCUCACAACAUAUCAUCUUUGGAUUUCACAUGGCAGCGUGACUAGUCAGAACUUUCAGAUCAACGCUGGGAAGACCGUUGGAAGCAUGGCAGAAGAAAUCAAAGCUUUCUCUCAACUGCGUGUGACUCCACCACUGCUUUUAAAGGAUCUGGGAUUUCAAGACCCAUGUCUUGUUUACCUCAGUGGAGACAAUCUUGGUGUUUAUCUGAACAAAAAUAAAGCCACGCCUCAGCUGAUUGAUGUGUACGAUUGCCUGUCUGGCAAAACCAAACACCUAGAUGUGAAUGAAUUGGCAGCUAAAACUGGCGACUGCAGGGACAGCCAUUCCUUUGUGACGACCAGGACUCCCAAGGAAGCAAUACUGGUGCUGAUAGAUACAAGCUCAUCAAUGGCUGGAAAAUGCUAUGGAAGUGUGGAUAUAGAGAAAAUCCAGGCUGUAAAGGAGCUUUUUGACAACUUUGCAUCACGAACCAUGGCUUAUGAUUUCCACCAUGUCAUUGGCCUUGUGACAUUUGACUCUAAAGUGACUAUGCACCACACAUUUACAGAAACGCUUGAAAAUUUUAAGGAACAUGUGCGCACACUUAAAGCAGCUGGAAGUACAGUGUUGUAUGAUGCUCUACAACACGGAAAGCUUGAGCUGGAAAAAGUGAAGAAGUUGUUUCCAGAAUGUAGACUUCGCAUUUUGUGUCUCACAGAUGGAAAUGAUGUUAGAUCCUCAAGCAAACCAGCCCAGGUUGCUGCUGACUUGAUCAAAUCUAACAUCAUAGUGGACUCGGUACUUGUUGGAGGAGUGCAGAACAAUGUUCUGCAUGGAAUCAGCAUCACGACAGGGGGCUGCUGUUUCAAACCACAGACAAGCAAAGAUGGUCUCAAGCUUUUUGAGAUUGAGACUGUUCUUUCUUUAGAGAUGCGGAAACAGAGAGACAAAGCUGACCCAUCCUCCAUCACUGAAAGCCUUCUUAAAGGUUUCUUCGACACUCAUGGGUACGAUGAAUCUCCAGAAACUACCUUGCCAAGCCAGAUUAACAAUAAAGUAGCAGUGACACAGAGUGCUCUGAAAAAGAAGAUUCUGGAGGCCAAAGAUGGACGUUUCAUGGAAAAGGACAAACGUAUCCUGGAGGAGCUGAAGAGCCUGCACUGUGACCCACAUCCCUACUUUGUUAUCUACCCACUGGAAUCUGACUUCACAUUCUGGAAGAUUCUCAUGGAAGGGCCUCCGGAUACUCCUUAUGAGAAAGGAACCUUUGAGCUGUACUGUCAGUUUGGAGCUGACUACCCAGUGAAACCUCCUACCGUUCGCUUUGUCACACGUAUAUACCACUGCAACAUAAACAGUGUGGGACGCAUAUGCCACAACAUAUUUGACCGGAACUACAAUGCCCAAAUCACCAUGAGAGAUAUCCUCGAUGCUGUGUAUGGACUGCUGAUUGCGCCCGAGCCUCAAGAUCCAUUAGACAGCAUUCUGGCUGAGGAAUACCUGACCAAUCAAAAGACAUAUGAACAAGAGGCCGAAAAGCAUACUGCAGAGACUGCUGGACAAUCGCUGGAUGACAUAGAGAAGAAACUGGUAGACCCUGUGAAACAGUACAUACCUCCACAUCUCAUCUGUCCACUGACCAAGAAGCUAUUUGUUGAUCCUGUGAGAACAAAACGUGGAGCUGUGUAUGAACGGAAGGCCAUUGAGAAACACCUGAAGAUGUCCAGAUUUGACCCAUUUGCUGAAUCAAACACUCUUCUCAGAAGAACUGAUUGUAAGACAGACCACAACAUGAAGAAAAUGGUGAAAGAGUACCGCGCGAGUCAGAUUCAAGAAACCAGUGUGUAGCAAUACAAUGGAGCAACAGCUGUUUCAUGACCAUUAUCCCCACUGCAAAUGUAGUCUGACAGUGGGAAUACGCAGUUAUUACAAUUAGUGCAUAUUCUUUUUAUUCAUUAAUCACGUCAUAUAAUUAACAGUUAUAGCAUUGUGACAUUUAGAUACAAUCUUCCAGCCAUGUAUAUACUUAACUGUAGGGUGAGUGGGGGUAACAAUUAGGGACCUUCUUUCUUACACAUGAAUAAGAAGAGAAGUCAUUUUUUAAUCAUUAUUUUUUUUUUUUUCUGGUUUUGACAUUUAAAUAAAUUUCCAAUUAAGCGCGGACACCUGUGCAGUUUAAUUAGUUUAAUUUUAUUCUUAAAGUCUACUACUUGGCAGUGUCACGCACAAAGACACAUCCACACUGGUCACAACAUGAUCAAUGAAAAACAAAUUAUAUUUUUAUAAAAUGAAAUGUUAUUAAAAAAUAAAA